GUGUUGGCAGAUGAGUAUGUGUUGACUCAUGCUGGUGGCUCAGAAUGGCGCUGGGGCGUAAAGGACAAUGUGAAGUUUAGUCCAGGAAAGUUUGUUGGGGCUACUCAGGGUUCUCAGGCCAGUUUCAGAAGUGUACCAGGUACGGAUGGUAGAUUUGAUCCAGGUAAACUGUGCCAUUCAUGUAAAAAUAAGGGUCAUUGGAAAGGGGAGUGUCCAAUUUCCAUGUCGGAACAAAAGUCAACCGAUCCAAGUGUGUAUAUGAAAUCUGCUGGUCUGGUGGCUUCACUGUCAUCAGUGCAGAGUCUAAUGGUGCCAGGAACAUCUCCUGAACUGCCAUCAAAGGGGGUUGAUGAAAUGUAUGCCCCUUUCAUGUCACAUGGGUUUGUGUCUCUGAAUGAUGGUGAGAUGAAACCUGUAAGUAUUUUGAGGGAUUCAGGGGCGUCCCAGAGUUUCAUUUUGGAACGUGUGUUGCCGUUUUCUUCUGCUACAGACACUAGGGAGACGACUCCCGUUCGGGGAAUUUCUUUGGUUCCUUUGUUUGUGUCAUUGCAUCGUCUUAGCCUGUGUUCAGAUCUGGUAAAAGGGGAAGUGGUCAUGGGGGUACGGAACUCAUUGCCAUUGGAGGGUGUGGAUGUUAUAUUGGGUAAUGACUUGGCGGGGGCAAGAGUGUGGAAAGAUGAUCCACCUUCUGUUGGGGUAACAGCAUCACCCGAGUGCUCUCAAGGUCCGGAUGAGUGUGCUAAACAACAUCCAAUGAUUUUUCCUGUUUGUGCUGUGACUCGGACAAUCAACUUCAAAGAGUUGGGGAGGUUUUUGGAUAUGGUGGGGUAUUAUUGGGGGUUUUGCCCAAAUUUUGCGACUGUGGUGGCCCCAUUGACAGACCUUUUGAGUAAGAGGACGGUUUUUGUGUGGUCUCCUAAAUUUGAGGAUGCUUUUGUUACGGUGAAAUCCUUGCUCUGUUGUUCUCCUAUGCUUGCAGCGCCAAACUUUGAGAAGCCCUUUAAACUUCAGGUGGACGCAAGUGGAGUUGGUGCAGGAGCUGUACUGUUGCAAGAAGGGAAGGGGGCUAUUGAUCAUCCAGUCUGCUUCUUCUCCCGGUUUGGCGUCAUCUGGUGGUUGGCGGUGGCAUGCCUGCUGGUCGUGGGGAGACUCGCCAGCUGGUCGCGGGGAGACUCGCCCACCUGCCUGCUGAUUGCGGAUGGGCUUCACCUGGGUGGAAGGGCAUACAAACCGGGCUGCCAGAGCUUUCAGGGGGUUCCUCGGGACAGAUUGGACUUAUCUCCCUCUGCUCUUGCAUUUUUUUGGUGGUUCUGAAAUAAACUAAAACCUAAG